ACUAUUCUGGGUACGUUCGUCCGGAGCUUCAUCUUUGCCGAGGAACAACGGUUCGCAACGCGCGUACUCGUCGUGAAGAAGAUCCCCGGCGAAUUUUACUCCACCAACACCCCAGAAAUCCGCGUAAUCUGCAUAUCCAUCUCAUACUCCGUCGAAAGGACCAAUGCGUUUCGCGCUUCCGAGUCUCUCGUUCGGGCUGUUUGACUCGGCAGAGCCCGCGGCGCCGGCAAAGAGCAAACUCCCCGGCGGGUUUGACGCCUCAGAAGAUGAGCUUCCUUCGCUUCCGACGUCCUCUCGACCGCCGUCAGUCGUGCCGAGCCAGCCAAAUAGCAGCGUGGUCUCGUCCUCGACCGAUCCGCUCAGCAGACACAUUCUCAAGCGCACCGGCACCGAACUCAACGUCGGCGGAGGCAGCAGCAGUAAUGGUGGUGGAGGUGGACCCGGCGGGGUAGUCAGCGAGUUCUCACGUAUGGCAUCCUUCACACCCGGCGACGACCGCGUUGCGCUCUCGCGACCCCAGUCGAACGUCUCCCGCCGCAUGUCGCGGCAAGAAACAAACAGCAAAGACAAACCUCCCUCGCUGCCAUCGAUCCUCUCGACCUCCUCCCGAGGCCAGCAUAAACGACACGUCUCGUUCUUCUCGCGCUUCCGAAAAGCCCACGGCAAUUCGAACAGCGCGUCCGACUCCGGCUCGGGCUCCGGAUCCGAAGACGACCAGGGCGGUCGGCACCAGUCUAUACGCCGAGCGGAGGGAAACAAUGCUACGCUGUUUUCCUCGACAGCCACAGAGUACUACGUGCCUCAAACCCCCGAGCCUCCGCGGUACAUCCGCGUGCGCGCGCAUGCGAAGAUGACCAAAGACUUUGACCGGCUCUUUCUCGCGCAGGAACUCCACCGCAAACCAGGCCAGACCAUGCCCAACACCCCCGCGACGCCGAAUUUCCCCGCCGACCAAAUGGAAGUGCACCCGGCAUACUCGGGCUCGCAUUCAAAUCUCGCGUCGGUCGCAAACGCAUCGACAAGUUCGCUCGCGCUGCCGCAGCAUAAGCGCGGCGCGAUCUGGACGCUCAAGUUCUCAAAGAAUGGAAAGUACCUAGCGGCUGGAGGCGAGGACCGCAUCGUUCGCGUAUGGAGCGUGAUUUCGACGCCUGCCGAGCGCGCGCAGUGCGAGCAAGAACAGGAAGAUUCGUCGUCCGCGGACGAAGGGUCAAACAUCCACCGAUCCCGGCGGCAUCACAGAAAACAGCACCAGCGCCUCAACGCACCCUUAUUCCUCCCGUUCCCCACGCGCGAGUUUGCCGGCCACGCCGGCGACGUGCUCGAUCUGUCGUGGAGCAAGAACGAUUUCCUGCUCUCGUCGUCUAUGGACAAGACUGUUCGGCUGUGGCACGUCUCGCGACAAGAAUGCCUCUGCUGCUUUCAACACGAAGAUUUUGUGACUUCCAUCGCCUUCCACCCGUCCGACGACCGCUUCUUCCUCUCCGGGUCGCUUGAUUCUGAACUCAGACUCUGGAGCAUCCCGGACAAAACCGUCGUCUACCGCGCCGAAUUACCCGACCUCAUCACCGCCGUCGCGUUCUCGUCCGAUGGCCAGACCGCUAUCGCAGGCUGCUUUACUGGUCUCUGUCUAUUCUACGAAACAGUCGGCCUGCGCUACCACACGCGCAUGCACGUCCGUUCCUCGCACGGCAAGAACUCAAAGGGCUCCAAAAUCACCGGCAUCAGCCACCUCGAAAAAGCACCAGAAUCUGUCUCCUCCGACGCGAAGUUGCUGAUCACUUCCAACGACUCGCGCAUUCGGUUGUAUAAUAUGCGCGAUAAGUCGCUCGAGGCGAAGUUGAAGGGAAACGAGAACUUGUGCUCGCAGAUCCGGGCUACUUCGUCUGAGGACGGACGGUAUGUGAUUUGUGGUAGCGAGGACGAUCGCGUUUACAUUUGGGAUAUGCAGGCCAAGACGCAGAAUCCCUCAAAACACCCCUACGAAUACUUUACAGCACACAAUCAUGUAGUGACAGACGCCGUAUUCGCCCCCUCGACCACAAUCGAACUCCUAAGCCAAUCAGGCGACCCAAUCUUCGACACCUGCACCCCCCCACCCGUCCGGCUCUCGCUCCCGGAAGACGACGCGACGACAGGCACUGGCCGAUACCCGCCCCCGAACCCUGCCAGCCGCCAUCCGAACGGGAACAUCAUCGUCUCAGCAGACCAGUACGGCACGAUCAAAGUCUUCCGGCAGGACUGCGCCUACGAAAAGCGUAAAGAAAACGAGGCGUUCGCCGCGACGUUGAGCAAAACCAGCAGUCCCGCACACUCGAUCGCGUCGCACUCGCUCCGUCGACCGGAAGGUGGCAGCCUCUACACCCCCUCGCCACUGAACCACAGCAGUUACGCCGGCCGCGGCAGCUCCAGCAACGGACGAAGCCAGUCCACGCGUAUCUCGAUCGACUCUCCCUCGCGAGGCUCAGAGCGCAGCGUCGAACGUCACCGCAGUAUGCUCUCCGGCACGCUGUCAUCCCGCGCCAGUCGAAGUCUGUCGCGCCUCGGCCGGUCCAAGAAACGCAACUCGCUGCUCUCGUCGACAUCCCCUCCUCCGCCGCGCGAAGACGCCCGGAGAAGCAAAGCCGAUCUCAACCACUCCAUCGACAGAAACCUUCUCCACGUUGGCGACGCGACCACCUCCACCCGCGGCACCCCGACCUCCUCCAACCGCGAGAGCUUCUCGCUCCCGGUCUCCUCCGACUCGGACGACGACGCCGACCGCAGCCUCUCCGUCUCGCACACGGGCAACUCGUCUACUUUCUUCUCCGACGACGCCGACACCGAGGACUUUGACCGCGCGUCCGAUAUCGAGGAGUCGGCUGAGCUGCGGUGUCCAAAGUGCCAGGGCACGAACUUCAAGGCGUCAAUCACGGUUAGGAAGGAGACGAGACUUGUGUGUAGUAAUUGCGGAAGUCUUGUUGUUUAAGAUAUGUUGUAUGCAUCUGAUGUUUAAUUUUUUGGAUAUGAAGAGUGUGGGGAAGGAUGUAAUAUAGUUUCGGUUGUAGCAUGACAAGCUCGCGUCAUGCACCAAAGACAUUUCUUAAUACUAGACUUGCUUAUUUUCUAUCUUAAGCGGAGCGGGAAUCAUUUCACGACGUUUUCCAUUACGUUAAAUCACAAUGAGACAAAAAAAGAGCCA